AUGGAGGCGGCGGACGGUGAGGAGCGGCUGCUGCUCACUCAGAGGCUGAAGGCUGCGGUUCACUACACGGUUGGCUGCCUGUGUCAGGACGUUGCAGAAGAGAAAGACAUGCAAUUCAGCAAACAAACCAUUGCAGCUAUUUCGGAGAUCACCUUCAGGCAGUGUGAGAACUUUGCAAAAGACCUCGAAAUGUUUGCAAGGCAUGCAAAACGAAGCACAGUCACUACAGAAGAUGUGAAACUUUUGGCUAGAAGGAGCAAUUCUUUGCUAAAGUAUAUCACCCAGAAGAGUGAAGAGCUUGCAUCGAGUAACAUGGAGCAAAAGGAGAAGAAGAAAAAGAAGUCCAGUGCAGCUAAGGGAGGGAAAACUUCUGGGGAACAAGAAGCAGCUGUGACUGAAAGUGAAGAUUCCAACAUGGCAUGAUUUACCUUUCAAGUAAUGUCUCUGGUCAUUUUAUUAUCCUAGAGGAACCACAGGUAGCCUAUUAGAGAUUCCUCUUGCAGGUUAGCAAGAGUAACAAAUCUUUAGGUUUUUAGGUGAACAUUGUUAGUUGGAUUUUUCUGUUCCAAAAGUGAAAGGUCUGUCAGAAUUCAGUAAAACUUACAGCCAAAAUGCAUUAAUUGCUCACAAAAAGGUAUCUUACUGUUCUUAAAAAGAAAAUCCUUUAAAUAAAGACUUUAAAGCAGAACAUUCUUACUGGCCCUAAUACCUCAGUAUGUGCAACUCCCUCCAUGCAUUCUCACUGGCCAUGAUACCUCGGUAUGUGCAACUCCCUCCAUGCUGCUACUUAAUUUCUCCAGUAA